UAAAAAUAAAAACAUGUCAUGACCACUCUUUUUUUUGGUGUCUUCUUCACAGCCAAGAAGAACAAACUUUUAAUGUGCUACAAUGGAGGAAAACCAAAACAAAAACAAAUCUCUCCUCCAUUACUGGGGAAACACUUCAGAACAAGAUUACUAUAAUCUCCAAAACAUUAAAUCCACCAAUUCCUUUUUCACUUCACCAAGAAACUUAAAACUUUUCACUAAAUCAUGGCUACCCCUUGCAAAAACCCCUCCACGUGGCAUCAUUUUAAUGGUCCAUGGUUAUGGAAAUGACAUCAGUUGGACAUUUCAAGAAACCCCAAUUCACUUAGCUAAAAAUGGAUUUGCAUGUUUUGCCCUUGAUAUUGAAGGACAUGGUCAAUCACAAGGUUUAAAAGCUUAUGUACCUAAUAUUGACUAUGUUAUUAAUGAUUUGUUGUCUUUUUUUGAUUUUAUUAUGACCCAAAAUCAAGAAUUUCAAGAUUUGCCUAAAUUUUUAUAUGGUGAGUCAAUGGGUGGUGCUAUUUGUGUUUUGAUUCAUUUAAAAAGGCCAAAUUUGUUUAAAGGUGGGAUUUUUAUAGCACCCAUGUGUAAAAUUUCUGAUAAAGUUAAACCAAGAUGGCCAAUUCCUCAAUUUUUGACUAUUCUUGCAAAGUUUGCACCUACUUUGGCUAUUGUACCAACUGCUGAUUUGUUGGACAAAUCUGUAAAAGUUCCACAAAAAAGGGUUAUUGGUGGAAUGAAUCCUAAUAGGUAUGUUGGAAAACCAAGAUUAGGUACUGUUGUUGAACUUUUAAGGGUUACAGAUUAUGUUAGUAGUAGGCUAUGUGAUGUAAAUUUGUCAUUUUUAGUGUUACAUGGAAGUGCUGAUGUUGUUACUGAUCCAGAAGUGAGUAGGGAAUUGUAUGAAUUGGCUAAGAGUAAAGACAAGACUUUGAAGAUUUAUGAGGGUAUGAUGCAUUCUCUGUUGUUUGGAGAAACUGAUGAAAAUGUUGAGAUUGUUCGUAGCGAUAUAUUGGCUUGGUUGAAUGAGAGGUGCUGAGAAAAUGUUUACUUUGAUUCAGAGACGGAUCCAGAAUUUCGAGUUUAUAGGUUCUGAAUAAAUUAUUUAUAUAUAUGCAGCGGAUUCGUUAAUGGAAAUGAGUUUCGGCCAAAGCUAAUGAUGUGGAUUUUAUUCAUAUCUAGUUUAUAUUGAUCACAUUUCUAGUUAAUUAGUGUGUGCCAUAUUUGUUAAAGAUGCAAACUUUAGAAGUUUAUCUGUAAGAAUGAUGUGCAAAGAUAUCAAGAUUGCAUUCUUUUAGCAGAAUUACAAAAAGGCAGACAGGUGCAUGAAUCAUUCUACAUUUGCUUAUGAAUGGAUGUCUUACAACUUUGUUGAAUCAUAUUGUUCUUUGUUGAAUCAUAUUGUUGUCUGGAGAGACUGAUGAAAAUGUUGAGAUUGUUCGUAGUGACAUAUAGGAAUGGUUGGAUGAUAGAUGCUGAGCAGGGGCUGAGCUAGAGGGAUGGAAAGCGUUCAUACGAACCCCUUGCUGGAAAACUACACUAUAUAUACAAGGUUAAAUUAUUAUUUUUUCAAGGUAUAUAUAUAGUAGUUGAUGAAUUCCUUGGUGUAAAUCCUGUUUCCGCCACUCGUGCUGAGAAGUUUGUAAUUUGGAUUCUAUUCAUAUUAAUCCCAUUCAAAGUUCAUUAGUGUGUGCCAUAUUUGUUAAAGAUACAAACUUUAGAAGUUCUCUCUCUAAGAAUGAUGUGGAUUGGAUUAUCUGUAUUUGGGAGACUUUCUUGGCAAAGCUUUCCAUUUAGACCAAUCAAGAUUGCACAUUUUCUUAUGAAUGAAUUAUUUGGAUGAAUCAUAUUGCUGCAUGAUUAUGGAAAGCAUGUUGUUUAUGCUUAGGUGAUUUCUUUUUAUUUGUCUAUGCUUUAGUGGUCAAAGUUAUACUGUAGUUGUGCGGGUGAUAGCAUGUACGCAAGAGAAUCAUGAUUUCUUUCUAUUUGCCUAAGCUUGGUGGGCAAAGCUUUCCGAUACCCGUGUUGGUGGAAUAUAACAUAUGCUCGAGAGACAUGCGGAUCCAACCUGCCAUUCUUUAUUACAUGGGAGUUCUGAUGUUGUCACUGAUCCAGAAGUGAGCAGGGAAUUGCAUCAGUGCUAAAAGCACAAACAAGACAAUGAAGAUCUAUGAUGGUUAAGAUGCAUUCUUUGUUGUUUGGAGAGACUGAUGAAAGCAGCCCAGUGCACGAAGCAUUCUGUGUUUGUUUAUGAAUGGAUGUUUUACAACUUUACCUGGCAAGGUAGGGUAAGGUAUGCGUACACUCUACCCUCCCCAGACCCCACUUGUGGGAUUACACUGGGUAUGUUGUUGUUGUUGGAUGUUUUACUACUUUGUUGAAUCAUAUUGUUGUUUGGAGAGACUGAUGAAAAUGUUGAGAUUGUCCGUAGUGACAUAUUGACAUGGUUGAAUGUUGGAUGCUGAGCAGCGCGGAUCUAAAGGGAUGGAACCCUGAAAAUUCUGUCUCCACCACUCGUGAUAAGAAGUUUGUACUUUGGAAGUUUUUUAUCUAAGAAUGAUGUAGGUUGGAAUGUUGGAUUAUUAGUAAUUCUGACUUUCUUGGCAAAGCUUUCCAAAUAAA